AAGUAUUUAUGAGAAAAAUGGGUCAGAGUCUUUGUUGCAACAAUUAUCUUUGUACUAAAAGUGCAAGUGUUGACAACAAUACAAAUGUGCAAAUUAGUUAUACAAAUGAUCUAAAUGAUCUUCCACACAGAUGUUCAGAAAUACUAAAAGAUGCAUCUAUGGAUGUCCAUACUUACUGCAAGGACAAACUUUAUGACAUUCUCUAUCAAGGAAUAGUCUUUUCAGAUGGCAAGACCAAGUAUUGGGUGGAUAAAGAGACAGGAAAAAAUUGCUUCGUGUUAUUUGCAAAAAAUCUCACAAUUAUUGACCAAAUGGAUCAUCGUAAGUGGACAUGGCAGAGAUCAAAAGAACUUACAGUAGGUAAAAAUACAUUUUACAGAGACAUGAGCGCUGAAAUAGCAGUGAUGGGAGAAGUGAAGUUACUUUCAGUUCAUGGGAGUUUUAACACGGAGUUUCUUUCACCAGACACGAAAUACAAAGUUGAAUUUGUGUUACGAUUCAGAAAAGGGAAACAUGUUUCUGGAUGGAGUAAGAAUCCAGUUAGAAGUGUAUUAAUACCACCAGGAAAGACAUGGAAUGAAGCUAUACAAAAUAAAGUUAAUUUAGCAGAAAAAGGCUCUCAGAAAUCAUUUGUAAUUUUAGCUGGGGAAUUCUUCAAUCCACGAUUUAAUUCCCAUGGGGAUAUUCAGUUUCAUCUGGAUGAAAACAAGGAGUGGAAAACAGGUCUUGUUAUCAAAGGUGUUAAAAUUACACCCCUCAUUUGAAUAAUUAACCUACACAUUCAUUAAGAUAAUUAUGUUAUAUUAUUAUAUUAUGUUGGAUAUACCAAAA